GGCCCCAAUGCCGAAGCGGCCAAGCCUAUCUAGCCAGCAACACUACGAUCCCAGUCAAGCAGCCUCUGUUGGCUGUAGCUAGCUAGCUCACCGCGGAGAGACCGGAUUGCCACCGUCGCCGAUGGUUCUGCUCGCGGUACUCGCCGCGCUCCUGGCACUUGCCGUCUCGCGGCUGUGCAUCUACGCCGUCGUGCGCCUGGCGUGGCAGCCUCGUGCCGUGGCGAGGAUGUUCCGGAACCAGGGCGUCCGUGGACCUUCGUACAGGUUCCUGAGAGGCUCGACGGAGGACAUCCGAAGGAUGAAGGCAGAGGCGGACGGCGUGGAGCUGGAUGUGCACGACCACGACUACCUUCGCAGGAUCCUGCCGCACUUCCUGAAAUGGAAAGAUCAGUACGGAGGGCCAUUUGUCUACUGGUUCGGUUCAGAACCUCGAAUCUGCAUCUACGAUUAUGAGCUGGUUAGGCAGAUUCUUGCAAACAAAUCUGGGCAUUUCGUGAAGAACGAUGCACACCCAGCAGUUCUCGCGAUCAUUGGCAAAGGGCUAAUAUUGGUGGAAGGCAAAGAUUGGGUGCGACACCGUGGAGUGGUGAACCCAGCUUUUGCCAUGGACAAGCUUAAGACGAUGACAAGAACAAUGGUUAGUUGUGCUGAAUGCUUGAUCAAGCAGUUGGAGGAUCAGACAGCCAACAGUAAGAGCGGCGAGAUAGAAAUCGAGUUCAGCAAACAAUUCCAGGAGUUGACAGCAGAUGUUAUAUCCCGCACUGCUUUUGGAAGUAGCUAUAUGGAAGGAAAAGAAGUAUUUCAGGCACAGAAACAGCUUCAAGCCAUCAGUGUGGCAACUCUCCUCAAUUUGCAGAUACCAGGAUUUAAAUAUCUCCCUACUAAACGAAACAGAUGCCAGUGGAUGCUAGAAAAGAAGCUUCAGAACAUGCUAUCUGAAAUGAUACAGUGCCGAGUAGCAUCAAAAGAAAGUGGAUUUGGAGAUGAUCUGCUGGGUUUAAUGAUUGAGGCUUCCUUCACAAAAGAGCAAGGAGAAAAACAAGACGAAAUGAUUCUGAGUAUAGAUGAGAUCGUAGAUGAAUGCAAGACAUUCUUCUUUGCAGGGCAUGAAACCACAUCGCAUCUGCUUACCUGGACACUGUUCUUGCUAAGUGUGUAUCCAGAAUGGCAGCAGCGGCUAAGAGAGGAGGUUCUGAGAGAAUGUGGAAAGAGAAACCCUGAUGCAGACAUGCUUAGUAAACUAAAAGAGAUGACAAUGGUGCUCCUUGAGACAUUGAGACUGUAUUGUCCUAUUAUUGCAAUGAUGAGAAAACCCAUCGCUGAUGUGAAAUUGGGAAGCCUCAAUUUACGUAAAGACAAUGAAAUUGUUAUCCCUAUCCCAAUACUGCACCGAGACAAGGAGGUCUGGGGUGACAGAGCAAAUGAGUUCGAUCCAAUGAGAUUUGAGAAUGGGAUCUCAAAAGCAGCCAAGAUUCCAUAUGCUCAUCUAGGAUUCUCCAUAGGUCCAAGGUCAUGCAUCGGUCAGAACUUCGCAAUGUUAGAAGCAAAGUCGAUGAUGGCAAUGAUCCUCCAGAAGUUUUCCUUUACUCUUUCUCCAAAAUAUGUCCAUGCACCUGCUGAUCUGCUAACACUUCAACCUAAGUUUGACCUUCCUAUAAUUUUGUGUCCACUAGAUGUAUGAAUAGUAUGUUAGUAAAGAGCACGUGCUCUAUUAGUUGUAAUCUCGUGACAAC